GAAACCGGUAACAACCAGGUGAUCUUCAUGCAGCUCGACCUGGCCAGUCUGCAGUCCGUCCGCUCCUUCGCCGAGAACUUCCUCCGGUCCGAGUCCAGGCUGGAUCUGCUCAUCAACAACGCCGGUCUAUUAAAUGGCGGAAAGACAAAGGACGGCUUCGGGAUGAUCUUUGGCGUCAACCACCUGGGUCACUUCCUGCUGACGAUGUUGCUCCUGGACCGGCUGAAGGCCAGCGGGUCGAGCCGCGUGGUGAACGUGGCCUCCAAAGCGUACACGAUGGGGAAGGUUGAUUUCAACUGUCUGACGACUCACAGGGAUUUGGCUCUGGGCGGCAGCGACUACCAUCUCUUCCAGAAGUACUGCCACAGCAAACUGUGCAACGUCCUCUUCACCUACGAGUUCGCCAAGAGACUGCAGGGCACCGAGGUCACCUGCUACAGCCUCCAUCCUGGAUACAUAAAAACAGAAAUCACUCGUGACUUCAGCUUCUGGUCAAAGAUCAUCGGGGCACCCUUCCUCCUUUUCGCCACGGAUGCCAAGUCUGGAGCUCAGACGACGCUCCAUUGUGCCCUGGAGCAAGGCAUCGAGCACCUCAGCGGCCACUACUUCACCCAGUGUGCACCGCUGGUGAACAUCGAGUCAAAGGCGAGAGACGAUGCCACAGCCAAGAAGCUGUGGGAGCUCAGCGAGAGUUUCUGCGGUCUGUCCUGAAACCAAACCUGAAAUCUGAGCUUCGUUUUUCAGCCAAAAGUAAUUCUACAAACUUCCCCCUGUUGUCCCGCCCCUUUUAAAACCUCAGUCCGCUUCCCCCUUUCCUGUGUUUAGAUAUGCUACAUGCUAAGCUAAUCUGUUGAAAAGACAACCACAUUUUGAAGAUGCUUAAAAGAUAAGAUAUAUAUGUGAGCCAGUGCUACUUAAUGAGCAUAAACAUACAAUACUAACAUUGGGUUUUAACAAUUUAAAAAAAAAAUGGAGCCUACCAAACAACGGUGGGCCUCAGGCGUGUCGCUGCAGAGAGGGCCAGGUGAGCUUCCCUCGCCUUCUUAUAGACUCCGCUCCUUUGGCUGGGUCCCUGUGCUAUCCUCUUUCCACAUAUAAGAUAUAUACAGAUAUAAUUUCAAUUCAAUUCAAUUUUAUUUGUAUUAGCGCCAACUUCAUAACCAGAAAGUUAU